AUGGCGGCGGCCGAGUCCGCGAGCUCGGGGCAGCCGGCGCCGCCGGGCCAGCCUCAGGGCCCGCGGCCGGCGCAGCUCGGGGGCCCGGCGGGCGGCAGCAGCCGGCACGAGAAGAGCCUGGGGCUGCUCACCAGCAAGUUCGUGUCGCUGCUGCAGGAGGCCAAAGACGGCGUGCUGGACCUCAAGGCGGCGGCAGACACUUUGGCUGUGAGGCAAAAGAGAAGAAUUUAUGAUAUCACCAAUGUCUUGGAAGGAAUUGACUUGAUUGAAAAAAAGUCAAAAAACAGUAUCCAAUGGAAAGGUGUAGGUGCUGGUUGUAACACUAAAGAGGUCAUAGACAGACUAAGAUGUCUUAAGGCUGAAAUUGAAGAUCUAGAACUGAAGGAAAGAGAGCUGGAUCAGCACAAGCUGUGGCUGCAGCAGAGCAUCCGAAAUGUGAUGGAGGACUCCGUCAACAAUAGGUUUUCCUAUGUGACUCACGAGGACAUCUGCAAUUGCUUUCACGGUGAUACCCUUUUGGCCAUUCAAGCACCGUCAGGAACACAGCUGGAGGUACCUAUUCCGGAAAUGGGUCAGAAUGGACAAAAGAAAUACCAGAUCAAUCUAAAGAGUCAUUCGGGACCCAUCCACGUGCUGCUUAUAAAUAAAGAGUCCAGUUCGUCCAAGCCUGUGGUUUUUCCUGUGCCCCCGCCCGACGACCUCACACAGCCUUCCUCUCAGCCCUCCACGCCCUUGAGUCCACAGAAGGCCAGCGCGGCCACUCAGAGUCUCCCUGAGCAGCACGCCUCGGAAAGAAGCCAGAGUCUGCAGCAGACAGCGGCCACAGACUUACCUGCAGCGGCAUCUGUUAGUGGAGAUAUCAUUGAUGAGUUAAUGUCUUCUGAUGUGUUUCCUCUCUUACGGCUUUCUCCUACCCCAGCAGACGACUACAACUUUAAUUUAGGUGAUAAUGAAGGAGUUUGUGAUCUCUUUGAUGUCCAGAUACUAAAUUAUUAGAUUCCAUGGAGACCUGGGACUGUUAUCUACCUCUAACUGUGUAACAUUUUAGACUUUUAAUAACCUAAGUAUUUAAAAUAAUGAAUGUAACACCUUUCUAGUUCACUGAUUCUGAAGUGUUCUUCCCUAGUUCUUUUUUUUACUUCACAAAAUUUCAACCAUAAAAACAAAGGGGAAAAGGUGAUUUAGUUCCCACCCCCACCCCCAAAUAAUUGCAUUCUGGAUUUUUCCAAGUCUGAAUCCUUCUGAUUUUUCCUCUUCAGAGAGGAAAGUUAAAGUAGACUUAAGGUCGCCAAAAAACAAAACUGUUGGCCAAGGACGCCUCACCUGUUUGUCUUACGUUUUUACUGCCACGAAACUGGCCAUGUUCGUGUGUGCUCCAGUGCAGACCCGCUCACUGCCACGUACAGAGUGAAGGGUGGGAACAGGAUCUGUUAACUCUCAGUGAACA